AUGAGUCGUCAAGAAUAUCGAGCUGCCUUCUUGAAUUACUGCAACAACCAGAACACGGCGGCCCUGGCCGCGUACUACGACUCCCAUAACAACUACGUGCAGCAGCUGACAGCGACCAACGCCAUGAUUGACCAAUAUCAUAAGCAUACUUUACCUACUAUACUUCAGGAAUUAGAGGAGAUUCUGACUGAUGUGACGACAGCUGUUAGUGAAGCGAUAUAUCAAGGAGGAGAAAUUAUCACAGACAAGUGCAAUAAUCAGCUCCGCCGCUACGAGUCCCUUUGCGCCCAAUCGCGUGCCGUGUCGAGCACCGCGGACCUGGCGCACCUCGCUCGCACGCUGCUCAACACGCAGCCUCCAAUGAGAACGCCAAAACGCGCCUUCAUGCCGCCGUACCCGCCUGAACCUGACGACCCUCCGCUGGAUGUGGCCGCGGAGACUAUGCCUCCAGUUCUGCGUGGGGAGAUGCUACUGGACCGCAUGGAUAUACGAGAGGCGCGUCUCAAUUAUGAACAGCUAAGAAAAGAUGCACAGGAUCUCGAGAUGCAAAUUAAGCAAUUACAGGACAGCUUGGAUUCUCUAUCUCGCAGUCAAAGCCGAAACCUGGAGAGCAAUCUUUACAGCAAAGUCAACGAGAUACAGGAGGAACUGUCACUCAAGAAAUACGACUACAGAGCUACACAAUUGCACCUAGCCGCAGUCAGAGCUCAGGCAAUAUCUUCUUUAUCGAUUUAA